ACCAUAGUGUAAAUUGAAAUAUUUGUUCUGUCGCUUUAUUAAUUAUUUAUUAUUUUCUAGGUAUUGCUUUUAAAUAUUUUUGUGAUAUUAACCUUUUAAUUCGUGACUUUAUAACAUUAUAAGUGGGAUCAAAAGCAAAUACGCACUUCACAAUGCUAUGUUCGUAAAUUUAAAAAACUUAGUUCGAACUGUGACACUACAAAACUGUUUACAUUGAAAUGUGAAAAUGGUUACAUCUAAUCAACAGCCGGACAAAAAAGUUGCGAAAAUGACUGCCCAAAGCAACUCAGCUGUUGUACCCCAUAGAACUUUACUUGGUGAAGUGAAUGAACACAUUACUUGUCCAUUAUGUCACGGGUACUACAUCGACGCCAUUACAAUAGUCGAAUGUUUGCACUCUUUUUGUAGAAGUUGCAUUAUAAAACAUCUUCAAGAGAAAAAGUAUUGUCCUGUAUGUGAAAUGAUGAUCAAUGCGGCAAAACCAAAUAUAAAGCUGGAUAAAGCCUUACAAGAUAUUGUUUAUAAAUUAGUGCCGGGACUGUUUCAAAGAGAAAUGGAACGUCGUCAACAAUUCUAUUCUUCUCGGCCAGGCCCAGCAGCUUCGGCCACCCCCGAACAAAGGGGAGAAGAUACUGAAAGGAUUAUUUUCAGCCCAGAAGAUGUUAUAUCCUUUUCAUUAGAGUAUUCAGAUGUGACUGAUACUGACAGCAUAUCCAGUAAGUCUUCAGAUAGUAAUGAGGCACAAUCAACUCCUACAACUAAUAGGAGAUACUUGCAGUGCCCAGCAGUGGUUAAUAUUAGUCAUUUGAAAAAAUUCUUGAGUAUGAAGUUUGACAUAGAGAGUAGUCAGUUUGCUAUUGAUAUUCUAUAUAAAAGAGUACCUUUGCCAGACUACUACACAUUAAUGGAUAUUGCAUACAUUUAUAACUGGAAACGAAAUGAACCCAUGAGGUUCUUUUAUCAGAUUAUUGACUAUGUUGCAAUCAGAAAUAGGCUGUUUGAUAAUAAUAGAAAGAGUUCUACUCCUUUAGAAAAGAAACCAAUAUCUGUGACAGAGCAGCCCCAUUCCAAUAGUCCAGUACCUCAUUGCAAUGAUCAGAGCUCUGAAACAUCUUCUGGGACAGAUAGCCCUUUACUAGAUGAAAUUAGAUGUAAGAAAAAUAAUGUUGAAGUGAAGAAUAAUGAACUGUUAAGUAUAAAUGAAGACAGUGAUCCUGUUUCACCUAACAGCAGAAGUGAUUCACCAACAAAGAAAGUUGAAGAUGAAGUUAAAAAGUCACAAUUUUUGAAUUCAUUUGAACUAACAGCUAAGAAUGCAACAUCGAAAACAUCACCUAGUAAAAUUCCCUUAAUAAAUGAAAAUUUUACAUCACCUGAUAAAACUGCAACAACUUCAGGAAACAGUAAACCUAUCAAAGUUGAUGAGCCUCUCAAGAGAAAGCCACAAACAGUUCCAAAUGUGUCGGAAGUCAAAAAAGUGAAAGUUGAACCAGACAAAGUAAAAGUUCCUGUCUCACAAAGUCCUACCUCCACUUCUGGUUCUAAAUCAGACAGUGAAAGCAAUAUAUCUGUAGUUUCUGCAAAACCACCUGAAGAUAUUUUACAAACAAAGUCCCAGGCCUCAACCAAUAGUGUUGUUCCCACACAAAUCCAAAAGGAAUUGAAACCACAAACUGCUAUUAAGCAGCAGCCAAAUAAUUCUGGUCAAAAAAGACAUUUAACUGAAAACCCCACAACCCUGGUAUCAAAGAGAAAACAAAGUGAUCUAACACCAUCACAAUCAAAUCCUAUACCCAAAACAGUGUCCCCUCUAAAGUUACUGUUGUCUAAAACUGAUAUGCCUGUAAUACCUGUAACUAAAACAGUUGAAUCACCCAAGGUAUCCACAAAAAAGCUCCCUGAUCUAAGACCUAGUGUUUCUGGAAGUACUUCAUCUCAAAAAGGAAAUAAUGCUGGAAAGGUAAGAAUGGAUCUGCUAGCUAAUAAUAGUGAUCCAACUAUAGAUAGGAGCAAAAUAUUGUCUCAGGUAAAAACAUCUUUAUCUAAUCCACCGCCUACUGGACCAAAUACUGGGGAUAAUUUAAAAUCUUUAUUUGAUUCAUGCAAAAUUAACAUACCAUCUUCUUUAUCAAUAACUUUGACGGAUCAAAAAAGUCCCUCAGACUUAGGAAAUACUGACCAAAAAAAGAAUUUAAUAAAUAAGAAUCUCAAUAAUGUUAAUAACACUUCCAAUAAGGUACCAUGUCCACCUGUUCACAACUAUAUAGAAAUUAAAAAGAUUCCUGAUUUGGAUUCUAAGAAAGCAGCAAAGUCUGAAGGCAAUGUUGACCCAAAGACUAAUAAAGUAGAUAAUAAUAUUACACAAACUAAAGCUCCAAGUAAAGGUAAUGAAGGUUCGGCUAAAGGGCCUGUACCAAAUCUAAAACCAAUAGCAGAUACCAAGUUAGGGAAACAAAGUGGAAACUUUUCAUCACCAAUAACAUUUCAGCAAACAUUUGAGCAACAGCUUCAUUCUUUGCAGUCUGACACAAAAUCAAAACUGCCCAAAAAUAAGAGUCAGGUCCCAAAACUAGUACCAGCUACACCAAAGUCAUUAAGUACAGCAAAUAAAUUUAAUAAUCCUCAUGUUAAAAUAACACCAAGUGGUCCUCCAAGUGAAAAGUCUACGACUGCACUGGACUUGUCAACACCUCAUUCAGUACAAAACCAAUUGGGCCAAACAAAAGCAUUUGAGACAAUGCAGUCUAUUGUAAACUUGGCUAAUAAACAAAAUCUACAAUCAAAAAUACCUAUAGUUAUUUCACAAAGCAAUGUAUUUCCUAGUACAUCUAGCAGACCAGUGCUAUCUUCAUCACCUUUAAGAAUUCCAAAUAGUAAUAUUCAUAUGAAACAAGAAAAGAUUAACCCUCCUGUUUCCCAAAUAAAUAGUAUGAAACAGGAUGUGCCAAAACACAUCAAUCCCAUAAGAUCCUCAAGUCAAGUUCUAAAUACUUCUGUGGGUAACCCAUCCCCAAAUUUACAAAGUAGUCCUCAGACACCCGGAAUGUCAACACAGCCAUCUCCAAGAUCACUUCGUUCACCAAGUUCAUCACCUAAACUUGUAAUAGCUGAAGAAAAACAAACAAUCAAUACAUCAUCUGAACAAAAUCAGGGGAGCCCAGUUGUUAAUAAUACACCCCAUAGCACAUUAAAGUCAGAUUCACCAAAGGAGACUCCAACAUUAUUGAAACCAAACUUAAAAACAUUAAAACCACUGAUUCCUCCAAGUAAACUCUCUGGCAUUCGACAACCUAUUACACCAACUCAUCACCUAGCUCCAACAAUGGCAUCACAAUCAGAUUACCUCAAACCAGUGGAAUAUCUUUCACAACCUCAGUUAAUUUCGGCUCAUCAUGCUUUAUUGAGACACCAAAUGGAAAUACAAAGCGCUUGGCUUAAAGCACAAAGGUUUGAUUAUAUUAAAAAUAUGCCCAAUAUGGCACAAGGCUCAAAUGAUUUUGGUGAAAAAGAUAAACAGUGAAAAUAUAAUAAAAUUAUAAUUUUAUAUGAAACUAGCGAACCUGACACAUUAUUCUGUAAAUAAUAAAAAUAUACUGUUUUUUUAUGAAUUUGUCAAUAAUAUUAAUUCAUGACAUCAAAAAUUAUUUUGUAAAUAUGCUCCUUGUUGUUAUAAUGAUAUUGUUUCACAGUAGAACUGUCAAACCAUGCAUCAAUAAAUUGUCUCAUAGAAAAUAUGUCCAAACAAAACAAAUAUUGGAAAUAAAAAUAAUUAUGGGUCCCAAAUUGUAAUCCUAAAAAUCCUCUCUCUCAAGUUGGACUAAACUGCACUCCAUAAAGUAAUCCCCAUUAAAAUCUGUUCAUUAGUUUAGGAGUUCACUGGAAACAAACAUCAGGACACUGAAUUUAUAUAUAUUAAGAUUGUGUUAUGCAUUAUCUAAUUGAUGAAGUGUUUUAAAUAUCAUCUUAUAUAGUUGUAAAAUUAAUAAUAAAUGAUAAUAAAAUUAGCAUUAAGUGCAAAUAAGCAUUUAUAUACAAAACUGUACAAUAAAAUAAAAUAAAAUCUUGUGAACACAUAGUUUUAAACCAAUUUAAAAUAAAAUAUUAAAAAUGAUUGUUUAAAUCAUGUUUUCACACAGACAUACUAUUAUUUAUUUUACAUUGAUUGUAUAUUUUUAAAUCUAACAAAAUAAUAUUCAACCAGGCCUAAUCAAUACCUAUUUAUGAAUAUUUUUAUUAGUAUUUUAGUAUUUAUUGCUUUCUUUUUUAAUUUUAAAAAAUUACCACAUCUUCCUUAUUUUAUUGUUUUAUUUUUAAAACCCUUGUGGAUGUGAAUUUCAAAUUAUGUUUAAUGAUUUUAUAGUUAGGGAGUUCAUAUGUGAGAAAACCUGUUUUUUACAAGUUUAUAUUGUUAAGAUAAAUUCUAGAACCUAUAUCUACAGUCUAUUUUUUUAAAGACAUACUUUGUAUAAGUUAUAGUAAGAGUUAUAAACUGGUAACACAAAACUGCUAAAAUGUUUCAAUUAUUCGUUCAUAAAAGACAACAAUACAGUUGGAAACUUUGUUGACCAUACGUCAAAGAUGAUCAACAAGUAAAGCAUUUAAUGAUUUUAUUGUUGAGAUAAAAGCUUGUGUGUGUGUAUUAUUUGGAUGUAAUUCCAGAAAAAAAUUCCAAACCAAAAUCAUGUCAAAAUUGAGUUAAGAAACAAAACUGGGCAUGUGAUUCAUAUUAACAGACUGACAAAAAAUGCCAGCCCUACUGUCACUCUUGAAAUGACAUCAUGACUUAGUAGGCCCAGCCCACAUAUAUGGAAUACCCUAAUAUUUUAUUAAACUUUAAACAAAUUUCCUUAAAAUGUGAUGCUUGUGGCUUGGAAUGUUUUUCAGGAACUAUGUUCAUUUAUAGUUAUUAUUUUAAGCAAGGGUGUGAAAUAAUUGUAAAUAAAGUUGUAUGUAAAA